GAGCAGAGCGGGCCCAGCUGAGAGGAUCUGGGCACAAUGAAGUUCCUCGCGCUCCUCGUGCUACUGCAGGUGUCUGUCUGCGGGGCCAGUCCCGUGAAUGAAACAGAAUUUGCUGAAAGGUACUUGACAAAAUAUUAUGACUUUAAUGAGGACAGGAUUCACAAGUCAAAAUGGGAAGCCAAUAGAAACCUAGAAGAAAAAAUCCAGGAAAUGCAGCAGUUCUUUGGGCUCAAAGCAACUGGGCAACUGGACCACCAGACUCUGCUGGUCAUGCAAACACCUCGCUGUGGAGUUCCCGAUAUGCAGAAUCUCAGGGCAGUGCAGGAGACCCAAAAAUGGACGAAGCAUCACCUCACCUACAGGAUCUAUAAUUACACCCCGGACAUGAGACGUGAGGACGUUGACCGUGCGUUUCAGAAAGCUUUUCGUGUCUGGAGCGAUGUGACCCCUCUGAGAUUCAGGAGGGUUUACACAGGCGAGGCGGACAUCAUGAUCCUGUUUGCAUCUGGAGUUCAUGGAGACUACAGUCCCUUUGAUGGCAGAGGUGGUACAAUAGCGCACGCUUUCUACCCUGGACCUGGAAUUCAAGGAGAUGCACAUUUCGAUGAGGCGGAAACCUGGAGUAAAGGUUCUCGAGGCAUAAACCUGUUCCUUGUUGCUGUUCACGAGCUUGGCCACUCUUUGGGGCUGCAGCAUUCCAACAAUCCAAAUUCAAUAAUGUACCCUGCCUAUAUUUAUGUUAAUCCCAACACAUUCCGCCUCUCUGCUGAUGACAUACAAAGCAUUCAGUCUCUCUACGGAUCCCCACUGAAAAAGCCAACCUCAGGAAACCCUGUCAGUCCACCAUCAACUAUCUGUCAGCAAAGCUUGACCUUUGAUGCGGUCACAACAGUGGGAGACAAAAUUGUUUUCUUUAAAGACAGGUUCUUCUGGUGGAAGCUGCCCGGGAGUCCAGCCACCAACGUCACUUCAAUUUCUUCCAUGUGGCCAACCAUCCCAUCUGGUAUUCAAGCUGCUUAUGAAAUAGAAGGCAGAAAUCAACUCUUUCUUUUUAAAGGUGACAAGUAUUGGUUAAUAAAUAACUUAGUGCCAGAGCCACACUAUCCCAGAAACAUAUACUCUCUGGGCUUCCCUGCGUUUGUGAAAAAGAUUGAUGCAGCCAUCUUUGACCCAUCUCAUCAUAAGGUCUACUUCUUCGCAGAUAGACGAUAUUGGAGGUAUGAUGUGAGGCAGCAGUCCAUGGACCCUAACUAUCCCAAACUUAUUUCCUUGAACUUCGCAGGAAUUAAGUCUAAAAUUGAUGCAGGCUUCUAUUUCAGAGGACACUACUACAUCUUCCAGGGAGCCGAUCAAUUGGAAUAUGACCCCCUGUCGAAUCGUGUCAUCAAAAAGCUGAAAAGUACGAGCUGGUUCGGUUGUUAGAAAUGAUGCAGCUAAGAGUGCUUGCUAGUUCUUCAGUUUAAUAAGUAUUUAUCACAUUCUCACUGUAUACUCAGGGCGUACUGUAUGGCAAUAAUACAACACGAGAUAAGGUGAGGUGUGAAGGCCACAGAUAAAUAUUUACACAGAAAAAUGUUUUUACAAAAUUUAUCCUCUUCUCGUAAACCCAGGUUUCUCUGUAGGUUGUUUUCUAAGAACCUCCAAGUGCAUAAAUUAUAAUUACUUCCCUGUUUUUACUGAAAUUUAACAUGUAUUAUUUUCUCAAAUAAAAUUUAAAGAAUUUG